CAACUUCCGGCUGUCUCCAGGCGACCUGUCAGGGAGCCACCCCCCACCCCGGCCGCUCAGGUGUAUUGGAUUUGUUCUAUGAGAGAGCAUUGGAUUGGUGGGGCCAGCAGCAGAACUCCUUGGCCUGGUCCUGCCCGGCCACAUCCUUUGGUGCAGCCCCCACCAUGAGAAGCCUCCUGCCUCUGAUCUGCAUCAUCCUGGCCUGCAAGUUGGGGGGUGCGACUUUGGCCAAGUCAGACCCCAAAAAAGCAACCUCCAAAACUUUCCAGGAAAAGACCCAGCCCUCCACACUGACUGUCCAGGAGCGGGGCCUGGUGGUUUCGGACCUCAAAGCUCAGGAUGUGGUGUUAGAGCACGGCAGCUACUGUGCCCAGAAAACCAGGCACAGACACUUCCCUGGACACGUCCUGGGCUACGUCACACCAUGGAACAGCCAUGGCUACGAUAUCGCCAAGACUUUUGGGAACAAGUUCACGCUGAUCUCCCCAGUGUGGCUGCAGGUGAAGAGGCGGGGUCUAGAACUCUACCAGAUCUUGGGCCUUCAUGACGCUGACCAAGACUGGAUGAAAAGCGUUAAGAAGCAAGCGAAAAAUGUGCGCAUUGUGCCUCGGAUCCUGUUUGACAAAUGGACUCGGGAUGACUACAGAAGCUUGUUUAGCAGUGAAGAUGAGAUAGAAGAGCUUGCUAAGACCUUGGUCCAGGUGGCACAGAAUAAGCAUUUUAAUGGAUACGUCUUGGAGGUCUGGAGCCCUUCCUUGCAAGAGCAGCAAAAGGAUCUCCUGCACACGCUGACUCAUGUGGUGGAGGCUUUGCAUCAGGCCCAGCUGCUGGUCAUCCUGGUCGUCCCGUCCACCAUCGUCCCGGGGAAGGAUCAUCUGGGGAUGUUUACUAAAAAGGCAUUCGACCACCUGGGCCCCAUGAUCGACGGCUUCAGCCUGAUCACCUACGACUAUUCUGCUGCUGAAGCGCCUGGCCCAAAUGCACCCUUGUCCUGGGUUCGAGAUUGCAUCGAGAUCCUCGAUCCAGACUCCAAGUCACGGGACAAGAUUCUGCUGGGUCUCAAUUUCUACGGCAUGGAUUUCUCAGCCACCUCAGACUCAAGGGAACCAAUCCUCGGAGACAGGUAUAUCCGGGUCCUAAAAGAUCACAAGCCCAAGAUUGUCUGGCACCAAGAGUUUGCAGAGCAUUACUUCGAGUACAAGAGAAGCAAAAGCAGAAAGCAUUUCAUCUUCUUUCCGACCCUGAAGUCCAUUCAGCUGCGGCUGGACCUCGCCAAGGAGCUGGGUACCGGCAUUGCCAUCUGGGAGCUGGGACAAGGCCUGGACUAUUUCUAUGACCUGCUGUGAGGCCGUGAGCAGAGCCCCUGCACCCUCCCCCCCUCAAACUGAGCCAGAUUGUUUUUGUUUGGUUUUGUUUUUAAGAAUUAGACUUUUGUACACUGUUGAGGGUGGCAGGAAAAUCUCUGUGGAAUACACGUUUCUGUUCUUUCCUGCCGGA